GAGAGAGAGAGAGAGAGAGAGAGAGAGAGAGAGAGAGAGAGAGGCCUGAACUGAAGUGCACUCCAAGCUAAGGAAUAUAUGUGCAUACACUCUACCUUCCAGCAGUCCAAAAAGAUAGCUUCUACGAUCCAGUGCAAUUUUCACACACGUACCCUCCGCAAAUUAAAGUAGCUAUCAGGUACCUUACCCUACAAUAUGCUGUUGAUCUUGCUAGCUACAGACGAUACACACACUAGCUAAUCUAGCAGCUUAGUACUAUCGUCCUAGCUACUUUGGUAAGCCACAAGCUAGCUGCAGGCUGAUGAGCUGCUAGUGCUAGAUAGUAGAUCAUCACUUAAUUUUCAGGUCUUGCUAGCUUGUCGAAUAAUGUCUGUAACCAAAAUAGCUAGGUACAUGGAUAUAGAUUGAUCACGCACCGAUCGAUUCAUAUGCCUGCUGCCUAGCUGCAUGUUGUCGUUGUGUGUCUGAGCGUGUACGGGUACGAGUAUGGUGCAACAACUGAUUGGUUAGGUCUACCUCAUAUGCUGCUGCUUAUUAGCUCUUGCUCCGUUCCAUCACAUCGUUCAUUCUCCGGCCCUGCCCUGGUAGCAUCCAUAUAGCAGCUGCUAGCUAGCUAUUUCAAGGAGAGAUCGACCGAGCAUCAUCAUCCAUUGCAUGCGCAUCUUCGUCGAUCUCUUGGCCCUCCCAUCUCAAUCUCAUCUAGCUAUCUGCAGGGCAGGCAGGCAGGCAGGCGCACAUGGAUCAUCAUCAGCAGCAGCAGCAGACGCCAUGCGUGCCCCCAGGGUUCAGGUUCCAUCCCACGGAGGAGGAGCUGGUGGGGUACUACCUCGCCCGCAAGGUGGCCGCCCAGAAGAUCGACCUCGACAUCAUCCGGGAGGUGGAUCUCUACAGGAUCGAGCCAUGGGAUCUCCAAGAGAGGUGCUGCAUCUACUACGGCGGCGCCGGCACCGGCUCCGGCGGCCAGGAGGAGGAGCCCACCGAGUACUACUUCUUCAGCUACAAGGACCGCAAGUACCCCAGCGGCACGCGCACCAACCGCGCCACCGCCGCCGGCUUCUGGAAGGCCACCGGCAGGGACAAGCCCGUGCUCUCCUCCCGGUCCGCCGCCCCCCUCAGCGUCAUCGGCAUGAGGAAGACGCUCGUCUUCUACCGUGGCCGAGCUCCCAACGGCAGGAAGACCGACUGGAUCAUCCACGAGUACCGCCUGCAGAACAACGAGCACGCGCCAGCGCAGGAGGAAGGAUGGGUGGUCUGCCGCGCCUUCCAGAAGCCGAUGCCCAACCAGCAGCAGCAGAGACACGGCUGCUACGCCGGCGGCUUCCCCUACCCCAGCGUGCCCACCUACUACUACGACGGCUCCAACGACGCCGCCGCCGCCGCACACGCGCGGCUACUGAUGGGCGGCGCUGCAGCUCCGGCGAUGCAUGACCAGAGCGGCCUGCUGGCAGCAGAGUCCAAGCUGCAGGUGCAUCAUCUCCUCGCCAACAUGCCGCCGCCGCUCCAGAGCCCAGCCCUCGACGCCGCCGGCCAGAGCUACGACCAAUCUGCGGCGGCAUCCGCGGAGUCGUCGGCGGUCGACUGGAACUUGCUGAGCAGCCUGCUGCCGGCGGCGCAGCUUAACUUCCAUCAGCCGCCGGCUUCGCCUGCUUCUUGCUCCAAGAACAGCAAUGACCUUGUCAUGUGAUCCGUCGCCGACGUACAUUCACGACUGAUCGAUUAUAUGUGUAUUGACGACGAUCGACUUAGCUACAUGAUCUUUCUUGUUAAUUUGUAGGGUGUAUUAUAUUCGUCAUUUCACUGAGAUCUUUCUGGAACUGAUGAUUCAGCUACCACUUACUCCUAGUUCGUUCUCA